AGUAAAAACAGGAAGUACUAGGAAUCCAUUUUAGAAAUGCAUUGGAAAACAGUUCAGACAGUCAUUUCUUCAGACAAAAUUCAUCCUGCCUGUUGAUUCCUCGGCAGAAGCAUCGCUUUUUCACUCUCUCAUUUCUCAUCACUCACCUCAUAUGUAUGGAUUCAGUACAAUGUGAAGAAAAUAAAUCUGCAUACAAAGAAUUUCGGAUUUCUUCAUGUUCAUGAAUAGAGAGAGUUUAGCUCACUGUUAAGUUGGAGUUGUUACACCCCAGUGAGAACAGUACAGUGAAAAAGCGUAAUCCAGCUGUAGUUUUCAACAUCACGAGAAGCAAGUAGAUAAGAUAAGCAAAAUGAGUAAAAUGGAAAUGACUGACAAUGCAUCCGUGCGCACAAGAAAAUCAAAGAGCUCUUUCUCAUCGGCCUCGAGUGCAGCAGUAAGGGCACGAGCAAAAGCAGAGGCGGCGAAGGCACGAGCAGCAUUUGCUGAGAAAGAAGCAGAGCUAAAGGUACAAAGGGCAGAGAAGGAAGCAGAGCUACAAUUAGGAAAAGCAAAGCUGGAAGCCGAACUAGGUGCACUUGAACUUCAAAGAGAGGCGGCUGCAGCUAUUGCCCAAGCCGAGGCAUUAGAAGCAGCCGAACUGGAUUUAGAAGGUUCAGUCAAGACUGAGGUAUCUUCUCAAGCAAAUUUACAAAAUGAAAUUGUAACACGCACUAAUGAAUAUGUGGAUGCACAAGCUGAACAUAACAUACCAGGAAAUCAAGCACCUGCCCAUGCAACAUUACCUGAGGCAACAUUGUCAGAAGGGAGUUACGUCACAUGGAAUCCUUCAACAGAACGUAAGUUAGUGGAUGGGCAAGAAGAGGUUGAAACACAUAACAGACCAUCUGAGUAUAACGCAGUGCUGACAAAGCCAUUCUUCAGCAACCAUGCUAAAUUAAGGGAUGUAACCCACAUCAGCACACCCCUUAAUGGAGGUCAUACAGGUCUGGGAAGAUAUGAUGGACAUUACACAGCACCCAUUAGAGACAAUGGACACCUGUCAAAACCCAAGGCAACAUAUCCUCACAAAUCACCACUUAAAGCAACAGCGCCAUCAUACACUCCUAUGUAUGCACCAUCCAACCCAAGAGUGACACCUGAAACGGAACACCUGGCACGAUACCUGGCUCGUCGUGAUUUAGUGAGUACAAGUCUCUACCGAUUCGAUGAUAAACCUGAGAAUUAUUUAGCAUGGCAGUCAUCAUUUAACAAUGCUACUUCAGGCUUAGGACUCACCUCCACUGAAAUGUUAGAUUUGCUGAUUAAAUGGCUUGGACCAGAGUCUGUGAAACACAUCAAAAGGAUUCGCUCUGUUCAUGUAGUGAACCCAGAUGUAGCACUUAAAAAGGCCUGGGAUCGCCUCCAAGAGUGCUACGCAGCGCCUGAAGUAAUGGAGAAAUCUCUUUUUAAGAGAUUGGAUGAAUUCCCAAGAAUAUCGACCAAAGAUUACGGCAAGCUCAGAGACUUAGGCGAUCUUCUUAUGGAAAUCCAGGGUGCCAGAGAAGAAGGGUACCUCACAGGAUUGGCCUACCUGGACACGGCCAGAGGCAUUGGGCCCAUCGUGGAAAAACUUCCUCACGGGCUACAGGAGAAAUGGCUCUCAGUUGGUUCCAAAUUUAAAGAAGAUAACAACGGCUACUUCCCCCCAUUCGAUUACUUUGCUGAUUUCAUCUGCGACGAAGCACGUCGGAGGAAUGAUCCCAGUUUCAUCCUUUUACACACCAGCAACGAUGGACUGAUGUCAGACAAGGUAGUUUCAAAUAAAUAUGGAAGAAAAAUAUCCGUUCACAAGACAGAUAUCUCUUCAGGUAAAGACCCACCUGCGAACUCACCUGAGAGAAACUGCCCCAUUCACAACAAACCACAUUCGCUAAGGAAAUGCAGAGUGUUUAGAGGGAAGACUCUUGAAGAAAGAAAGCGCAUUCUCAAGGAGAAUGGAAUCUGUUUCAAGUGCUGCAUAUCAGUUAAUCAUCUUGCAAGGGACUGUAAAGCAGCUGUAAAGUGCCUGGAGUGCGACAGCGAACGACAUCAUGCUGCUAUGCAUCCAGGUCCACCACCUCAAGUCUACAGAAGGCCUACGCCCCCACCAGAUAAUGGCGGGGAGGAAGAGGAACAUGCUAGUGACAGCACAGCCAUCUCCUCACACUGCAGCCAGGUACGUGGUCCAGGUAGUACACCAAGAUCCUGCUCGAAGAUCUGUCUCGUACGAAUAUACCCUCAAGGUCAACGUGAGAAGGCAAUCAACAUGUAUGUUAUUUUGGAUGAUCAAAGUAACCGUUUUCUGGUGCGUUCAGAUUUCUUCGAGCUUUUCAACAUCAAGGGUCAACCAUUCCCUUACGCACUGAGGACCUGUGCCGGAUUGAUUGAGACUGCAGGAAGAAAGGCAGAGGGUUUCCAGGUCGAAUCGCUCGAUAGGCAGACUAGCCUCUUGCUACCACCGCUAAUUGAGUGUAAUGACUUUAUCAUUGAUCGCUCUGAAAUACCAACACCCGAUGCAGCCCGUCAUCAUCCACACCUACGAAGUGUGGCAGGACACAUACCAGAACUUGACCCCAAGGCGGAAAUCCUCGUCUUGCUAGGCAGAGACAUUGUGAGAGUCCAUAAAGUUCGACAGCAAGUGAGUGGACCUCACAAUGCCCCCUUUGCUCAAAGGCUGGAUUUGGGAUGGGUCUUGGUAGGAGACGUGUGCCUGGGAAAUGCACACAAACCAGCCAUGAAUGCAUUCAAGACAAGUGUGCUAGAAAAUGGCCGACCCUCUAUUCUAAGACCAUGUAAAGGCUUCAUGAAGCUGACUGAAGAUGAGUCCCAUGGCAACGAGCAAAAAAAUGAACCUCACAGGGCAUCGUUGCAGAUCCUUGGACUACAUGUCUUCAGCAAAACUGAGUCCGACAAUAAACCUGCCCAGUCCAUGGAGGACACAGUCUUUCUAGAAAUCAUGGACCAAGAAAUGAAUAGAGACACAUCAAACAACUGGGUUGUUCCACUUCCCUUUAGAGUUCCUCGUCAACGCUUGUCCAACAAUCGGGAACAGGUGUUCACUCGCUUCGCCUCCCUCGAGAAAACACUGCUGAGAAAAACUGAGAUGAGACCAGUUUCUAGAAUUCAUGAAAAAAAUAUUCAACAACAGACAAGCAGAAGUGGCUCCUCCACCGGAGGAGAAUGAAGAGUGUUGGUACCUGCCUAUUUUCGGAGUCUUCCACCCUCAAAAGCCGGGAAGCAUCCGUGUGGUGUUUGACUCCAGCGCAAAGUACUUCGGCACAUCUCUAACAGUGUUCUUCUGUCAGGACCAGACCUCAAUAACUCACUCAUUGGGGUGCUGAUCCGCUUCCGCAAGGAAAAGGUAGCAGUGAUUGCUGACAUACAACAGAUGUUCCACUGCUUUCUUGUCCGCAGAGACCAUAGGGACUACCUGAGGUUUUUGUGGUACAGAGACAAUGACAUGUGUAAGGACAUUAUCGACUACAGGAUGAGGGUCCAUGUUUUCGGCAACAGUCCGUCGCCCUCCGUUGCCAUCUACGGGCUAAGAAGAGUUAUCCAUGAAGGUGCACACAAGUACGGAGAAGACACGGUUCAGUUUGUUGAACGUAAUUUUUACGUAGAUGAUGGGCUCAUUAGCGUACCAACAGAAGAUGAAGCCAUCAGUUUGCUACAGAGAACGCAGGCCUCUCUCAGUGAAUCAAACCUGAGGCUUCACAAGUUUGCCUCAAACUGUGAAGCUGUCCUUCAGGCCUUUGCACCAGAGGACAGAGCAGUUCUGAAAGACCUUGACCUAAGCGGUGAGGCUACACCAGUGCAACGCAGUUUGGGAUUACUGUGGGAGACAACGACAGACACCUUCACAUUCACAGUCUCAAAAAGCAAGAAACCCUUUACUCGCAGGGGAGUUUUGUCAACUGUGAAUAGCGUCUUUGAUCCUUUAGGCAUGGUCGCACCAGUGACUAUUGAAGGCAAAAGUCUCUUAAGGGAACUCAGUGUCAACACAUGUGACUGGGAUACUCCUCUUCCAGAACAAAAGUUGAAGCAAUGGGAAGCAUGGUGUGAGUCACUCCAUGACUUAAGUAAGCUGCAUAUCCCACGUUCAUACUCAGCAACGUCACUUUCCAAAGCUGUACACACAGAGCUAUGUGUGUUCUCCGACGCGUCCACAAAAGCUAUUGGAGUUGUGGCAUAUCUCAGGACCAUUCAAGCUGAGGGACAAGUCGAAGUAGGAUUCAUUUUAGGGAAAGCUAAGCUGGCACCACAGUCUGAACCUACCAUUCCUCGGUUGGAAUUGUGUGCUGCAGUAUUAGCCGUGGAAGUCGCCGAACUCAUCCAAGAUGAACUGGACCUGAAGCUUGAUAAAAUCAAAUUCUAUUGUGACAGCAAGGUUGUGCUUGGAUACAUUUACAAUCAGAGGAAAUGCUUCUACGUUUACGUUCACAAUCGAGUCCGUCGAAUCCGUCAAUCCACAAGACCUAAUCAAUGGUUCUACGUCAACACAGAGGACAACCCUGUUGACCACGCAUCAAGGUCAGUUCCUGCAUCCCAACUGACUAAGACUAUGUGGUUUACUGGACCAGCCCUUUUACACAAACCAAAUCCAUCUGAUACAGAUACAAGCCAGAUGUUUGAACUUGUCAACCCAGAAUCAGACACGGAAAUACGACCUGAAGUGAGUAGUUUUAUUACUCAGACUCAAAACCGAAGCCUUACCACUACGCGGUUUCAGCACUUUUCAUGUAUGCGCUCCCUCACCA